UGCGGGAAAGUGGUGACAGUCACCUCCCUUGUCCAUGGCUCCCACAUUCAGAUAUGUAAUUAAAAGCAUCACGAAUGCUGAUGUUUUGAGAUUGGGGCCAAGCAUACUUUGAAAGAAUAAGCUGUAGGCUCUAUGGUGUGGAUUCAGAACAUUUACAGCCUGUAACAGAGCCUUGUAGCCAAGAUGGGUGUGACCCAGCUCUGGCAGGUGCUGGGUCCAGUGGAGGAGCACCUGCCCCUCUCCUCUCUAUGUGGCCAGACACUUGCAGUUGACCUCAGUAUCUGGGUCUGUGAGACGCAGUGUGUCAAACAGAUGCAGGGAGUGGUGUCCAAACCUUUCCUUCGGAACCUGUUUUUCCGCAUAUCCCAUUUGAGCCAGCUUGGUGUAAAGCUGGUGUUUGUUAUCGAGGGUUCUGCCCCAGAGUUAAAGUGGGAUACGAUGAUGAAACGCCAGCAAGCAAGAUUCCCAGGAAGACAGGGCAAGCCACCUGGAGCUAAACCAGGUGGUACCCAGAAUAGGAGAAACUUCAAUGCCUGCUUAAGAGAGUGUUGUGAGUUGCUUGACAUCCUGGGAAUUCCGUACCUACAGAGUAGGGGUGAGGCAGAGGCCAUGUGCGCCCUGCUCAACGCUGCUGGGUUGGUUGAUGGCUGUUUGACAAAUGAUGGUGACGCUUUUCUGUAUGGUGCCAAAACAGUUUACAGAAACUUCACCAUGAAUACCAAGGACCCCCAUGUAGAGAUGUUCCGUACGUGUGACAUAGAAAAGAGGUUGGGUAUCACCCACAGUGGGCUGGUAGCCCUCGGUCUCCUGGUUGGAUGUGACUUUGUUCCAAAGGGGGUACCUGGGAUUGGUGUCGCGAAUGCUGUCAGACUCCUGCAGUCAUUAGCUGGGAGGGAUGUCAUACAGAGGAUGCGAGAAUGGCGAAGUAUGUCGGAGAGCGCAUGUUUGGACCAGGUAGAGCAGAUGGUACGCAGGAAGGCCCUUGAUGUGCCAGACUUCCCUCAGGAUAAGGUAAUAAAGGAGUUUCUUGUGGCAAAAGACCGAUGCCCAACCACCUUGUCUCCAUGGAAACGACCACUUCCAGCAAAACUUCAGGAUUUUGCCCUUGUGAAGCUGGAUUGGCCAGCGGAGUAUACACUAGAGAAAGUGUUACCGUUGACGACGCUAUGGGACAUGCAGGAUAUUCUUAGCUCACAGAACCCCUCUCGACACCAACAUCUGAAACCAUUCAGGAUUGUGAAGACGAGAGUGAGGCAGGGUGAACCUUGUUACGAAAUAGAGUGGUACAAACCUGUAACUGUGUCACAGUCCGAUGGGAGCUACUAUGUGACGAUAGAAAACCAGGAGAUGUUUGCCAAAUGUUACCCCGAUGUUGUUGAUGAAUUUGCUUUAAACAUAGACACGAAGAAAAAAGUCAAAGGAAAGAAGAAAAAGAAGAAAGGAAAGGACAAGGAUGACAAUCUUGACAAUAUAUCGUUCAACUUCCAGAAAAUGAACUUAAAAGAAGUUACUACCAAGCUGACUGAAUCAGCAAAAUGUCUUCCGCAGGAUUUCGAUAUCUACAAUGAAUCAUCACUUCUUAAGAAGGCCAAACAGCCGAAACAUCUCACGUUGGAUUCUGUAUCUAACAAACCACAAAAUAAUGUGACAUCUAAAAGUACAGAUUCCAGUAAAAGUAAAAAGGCUUGUAUAGCAAAUGAGCCACAUGGUGCAAAACCACUUAAAAAAGAAAGUGCUCAGGAUGGUUAUAUACCUUUAAGCCAAAGAGUAAAAAUGAGACUGCAGAGUAAAUCUGAUCGCAGUGAAGGUGGUACACUGAACACACCAAUGCAGUUAAACACAGGCUCAAAGAAAGAUCUGAACUCAGACAAUGCGGAAUGGAGUGACAUGAGCUCAUUGAUUGAAGAGGUGGGUAACCUGUCCCUUCAACAGAAUAAGAAACAAGGCUUGUCCAUAUCAAUGUCAAGUCCUGCAGUGAAUACUAAGUUCCCCAUGCAAUUCUCUCCAGCUGUUAGUUUGUUGAGCAAACCAGGUACUCCUAGCAAUUUGGAUUCUAAGAAAUAUCCUGGGAUGCAGAAAAUGUCUAGUCCAGCUUUGCAAAGUUUUUGUACCCCUACUUCCUACAUGAAACAAUCCAUGGCUGCUGAUGACAGCUUUGGAAUGAAAUGUAGUCCUGUUUUGGAUCCAGGACUGUUUAAAAAACCAAGAACUUAUGAAAAAGAGAAUAAAAUUGAGACAAAUAAUGAAAUGAAAUUGUUUGAAACUUCUGGCAAACUUCUAAAUAAUGCAGAAAAGUUGGCAGCAAAACUUGAACAAGGAAUUAUGAAUGUUGGAAAAGAAGCCCCUUCUGAAAAAAAGUUCUCAUUCUUUGACAAUGACAAACCUGAAGUUCAAGUUGGCAAAAGUGGUGAUGACAAACAGAUUGAUAAAGCAGCCCCUCCAGUUUCAAACCUCAGUACGCCCACGUCUAAUAUGCAGACUAAAAGAAAUACUGCUAGUGCUAUGCAAACCCCUUUCAAUUUAUCAUCACUUGGAUUGGACAUGAAUGGGUCAAAUCAGUUUGGUAAUUUUGACAUGCAGACAUCAUUAAUAAAUAGUCUGUGUUCAAGUUUAGUACAAGCCCUUACACCCAAGGGAAUCUCACUGUCUAAAGAGGACUAUAGCACCUUACUGUCAACAUUGGACGAACUUGACGCAAACGAAACUGGUACCAAGACUCCUAAGGCAACAGAAAGACCUGAGGAGUCUGAUGAAGAUACAGCUUGCAAUAUUUAUUUGUCAGAUAUUGAAAAGGCAUCUGCACAAUUAAAAAAGAUGAAUGCAAGUGUUACUUUAGAUCCUAUUCGUUUGGUUGGUGAACAACAGAUAGUUGAAAACAUUGAAACAAAAUCAAAAUCUGCGAGGAAAAAGUUAAGAAGGAAAGAGAAGAAAAGAGCUUUAGAGGACAUCGCACAAUUGAAUAAUAUGGCAUUGAACAUGUCCCAAAAUAAUGUCAGGAAUCCAAAGACCAAAGUAUUGACUGAAGCAAAUGUGAAGUCAGCUAACAAAUCAGCAGAGAAUGUGCAUACUACACAAAUUAAUAGUAGAAAGACAUCGGCAGAAAAUGUUAAGACAACACUAAAUAAUAGUAGAAAGACAUCAGCUGAAAAUGUUAAGACAACACUAAAUAAUAGUAGAAAGACAUCGGCAGAAAAUGUUAAGACAACACUAAAUAAUAGUAGAAAGACAUCGGCAGAAAAUGUUAAGACUGCACAAAGUAAUAAAAGAGCAUCACAGAUAUCUGUGACAGACAAUGCGAAAAAGGUUAUUGAUGAAAAAGGUGAGAAACUAGAUACUCCUCAGCCGAUUAAUGGUUCACAAAAGAAAAAGAAGGUAAAACACACUGAGCCAAUUCCAUCUUGUGGUAAGAGCAACAGGUGUACCGGUAGCCAAAACUGCUCAAAACAAAACAAAUAUGAGAAGGAAACCUGCUGUAGCGGAGACCAAAGAAAGAGUGAAAACACAAAACCUAGGACAGAGAAACAAAGUCUAGCACCAUUUACAGUAAGCACAUCACCUUGCCCUGUGACUAGUCCAAGGAAAGAAAAUGACAAAAAGCAGGUCUACCAGAAAAGUAAUUCCGAAAUCUGUAGGAACAUAUUUAGUGCGCAAGAAUCUGAGAAAAUUAGUAAAGUAUUAGGCGAUGUUUUGAAUGAGCAGCAGCCCAGAUCAGUGGAUACCUCUGAAGAAGUUGUGAAAAAGAAAAAGAAGAAAAAGAAAGUGAAAAAAGCAUCGACAUCAGCUGAUGAAAAUAUGGCUAAUGGCUUAUGUGCAUCUUACUUGCAAAUGGCGUUGGAAAAUAACAGAGAAAAGGUAACAAAUAUUCAAAAAGCAUCUCCUGUCUUUGAUCUCUCGGCUGAUGAAUCAUUGUUAGAGUUGGAAAACAUUUCAAGUAAAGUUGUUGGUGAAGCUGUUGAUGCCAAGAAAGUUACUAAACUGUCUUUACUGAGAAAAAUGAAGAAACUAACUCUGGAAAGAAGAAAUAGUCCUAGCACAGUGGCAAUAACAGAUAAAACUCCAGUUUUUUGUAUGUCAGCUGAAACUAUGCAAGGAGGGAAUGAUAACACAGUUGAAAAUGACAAAGAGGCAUGUUUAGCAGGAGUUGAAACUGAUACACCAGUAGAAAUAGAUGGAAGUGUAACAGAUGAAAACAAGGACUUGGUUGGCAACAGUGCAGACAUACAUGGGCAAAUUCAAGUUCAACAUGCAAACUCUUCUAGUUUACCUAAGUUUGAAGACAUACUAGACACGGACGAAGAUGAGUGUAUUCAGUCAGAUGGCAACUCUGAUUCUGAUGAUGUUAAGCUUGUAACAGGGAAUGAAAUGUUUACUCAUAUUGCAGAUAAUAUUAGAAAAGAACUCGUUGAGCAGUUUGUUGACUUGGAAACUCAACACAUAGAAAAUGAAAAAGUCAAAGAUGAUAUAGAAAACGGAACAGCCGGUGUUAUUGUUUUAGAAUCUGAUGCUGAAAUGGCUGGAUAUGGUAGCAAUGCUAAUUUGCCUGCAAUAUUAAAUACAGCCCAGCAUGUUGAUAGUCAUUCAUUCACAACUGAACAUGGAGACAUAACACAUAAAGAAAAAUGUCGUAUUAGUACUGAUGUUUUUUGCGCAGUUUCUAGCGCAGGAAUAAAAAAAUCUCACGAUGUAGAUCAUGACUUGCCAAAAUUUCAGAUCGAAGCUGUCGUAGUACCAACACAAGGAGAACUACUUGAUGCAUUUAGAAAACAGUUUCAGCCUAGUUCAGAGGUUAAUUUUGAUAAGAGCAGCUUUUCAGAAAUUAAUGGAAAAAUAUGUAAUGGCGGUCUUGAAUGCAAUGUGAAUGGCAAUGAAAAAAUUGUGGAAGAAAAUCCAUUAUUUGAUGAAAACACAGAGAAGAAUAUUACCACACUUGACAAUGGCAUAGGUGCAAUUGAUGUAGUGACAAAUAAUCAUGUAGAGGUUAAGGAGAAGUGUAAUGGUGUUGAUGAAUAUCAGAAUGAAAAUACAUCAGAAAAUUGUCUUGUCCUAAAUGGUGCUAAAGAUUGUGAUGCAUUUAAAGUUGUGGACUUGGUUAAAGAUAUAGAAAAGUCAGCGAUAGAUACAAGUAUUUCAAAUGGAAAUGUAGUAGAGAAUGGUUGUAAUGAUGAUUGUCAUGAUGCUUAUAAUGAUUAUGAUGCACUUGAGAUUGAAGACAAGGAAGAGUCAGCAGUGUUUGUUGUGAAUGAGAAUUUAGCUGAGAAUGGUGCUAAUGAUGAUGAAUACAAUGAGAACGUAGUGGAAGGGUCAGUAGUAUGUAUUACAAAUGAAUAUAUAGCAGAAAAUGGUUAUAAAUCAGGGGAAUUGAGUCCUAAUGGAACAAAAGUAGAGGGAUGUGAGGACAUUGCUAAUGAUUGUAUGGAUGUUCCCUCAGUUGUCAAUGACCUUGAUCAGGAGGUAAAUGGCGGUUUACAUGGGCCUGUUAAAGAUGUUAUGACCAUAAGUACAGACAAUAUCGCAAGUCCUGCCUGCUUAGCGGAUAGACUAAAGAUGAGAAUAAGCAAAUCAAAAGUGAGAAAUGUGUUAGAUUCCUUCACGAACAAUAGAUUUGAUUGUUGACUCGUUUAUUAGCAUAAGAUAUGGUUUGGUGUUGUUUGUGUGUAUUCAUGUAGAUUAGUCUCGUUUUGUUCCCCCUCAAUGUUAGAAAUGGCUCUUGGUAAAUCGGUGAUUGUAAGUUCCAUUUCAGAUAUGUUUAAUGUUGAAUUGUUAUUGUACUCCUACUUUCAAGUUUCAUCACUUUUUCCAUACAUUUAAUAGUUAUACAUGUGUACCUUUGUAUGCAGGACAUUAUGUACAUGUGUGUUUGCAUUUUGAAAACUAUUUGUUCUUUUUCAUGUUUGAUGAUGUGUUCUAUUAUUGUUAUGAAAAUAUUGUUACUCUACGAAGUGUAACUGGAUCAUUCAAUGCAUUAUAACUAUAACAAGUGUUAACAUUUGUGUCUUGCUUUUCAUUGGUUUAUUGAAAAAUAAUGGUGGAUACUAAGAUGACAACUCACUGUUUGAAACAGUGAGCUGCUUAUUCAAAAAAGAAUUUCACUGUUUCUUGCAUUUAACCUGUUUUCCUUUGAAAAAAAUAUCAUGCUGGAAAUAAACAAAUGGUGUGGUUUUUCUAUUAAAUGUCAAAUAAAUAUGAGUUAUAAGAAUGUAAUAGAAAUAUUGUACUUUUCAGUGUUAGAUCGCUUUUUUUCGGCCCUCAUGAAAUCCAUAAGUAAAUAUUUCACUCAUUGCCUCUGUGAAAACAAGUGUUCACUUGGUGAAAUAUAUUGCUAUCUUAAAAGAACCAAUUCAAUUGAUUUCACUCGAAUCUCAUGUCUUAAACUUAUCACUUUGAUACGUUUUACGCAAUUUUCAGAAAAGCUUUACAUUUUUUAAAUUCUUUUGGACCAUAUAGAGCUAAAUGUAUAGUUUGAGCAAUAAUAUUACACACUUUGUAUUUUUGAUAGAAACUUUUACUUCUGAUUAUUUUUCAGAACAUUAUUACAUCACUUAUCUUUUUCAAUCAAUAGUUUCAUUUGAUGGUUUAUAUCUUUGUUAAACUGUUUAAAUUUCUUACAAAUAAAUGUUACUUGA